CGUAUCGUGUGUGAUAGUGGCCAAGUUCAAGCACAAAUCAGUUGCAAACAUCGUAAAUAUGGCCUAUCUUCAUCACGUUCGUCGUAUCCGAAGAUUGAGAGAGAAUCCAGAAGGGAGGCCACAAAGAGGUCCCCGGGACCUGAAGGACCCUUUUGAAUUGUACGAUGAAGAAGCAUUCCGGAUACGAUAUCGUUUUUCCAAGGAGAGCGUCAUCUACAUCAUCGACAUGCUUGAAGCAGACUUGACGAGGAACACGGAGAGGAACAAUCCUCUACCAGUCAGUCUACAGGUUUUGACAGUUCUACGAUUUUAUGCCGUUGGAUCUUUCCAGAGGAUGCAUGGUGAUGAGGCAACAGUAUCACAGUCAUCUGUCAGUAGAGUGAUCAAAGAUGUGUCUGAAGCUAUUGCAAGGAGGAAGAGGCAAUUCAUGACCUUUCCUGCAACGAGAGAAGAAGUUGAAACGACCCAGCAGCAAUUUUACGACUACUGCAGAUUUCCAGGGGUCAUUGGUGCAAUUGAUGGGACUCAUGUCUACAUCCAGAGUCCUGGUGGCGAACAAGCCAUGUACUUCUUGAACAGGAAGAACAGAUAUUCGGUCAAUGUUCAGGUAGUUUGUGAUCUUGCUGGGAAAAUAACAAGUAUUGUGGCAAGGUGGCCUGGCAGCACCCAUGAUUCCCGGAUUUUCAAUGAGAGCUCACUGAAGGAACAGCUGGAGGCAAGGGCAGAUGGUGCUGAGUGGCUUCUUGGAGAUAGUGGGUACCCAUGUCUUCCCUAUCUCAUGACCCCUCUCCUGAAUCCUCAGGGACGGCCACAGGUACGCUAUAAUGCUGCCCACAAAAGAGGGCGUUGUAUUAUUGAGCGGACCUUUGGUCGUUUGAAGAGGAGGUUCCCUUGCCUCAAUUAUCUCCGCGUGAAGGUGGACACUACAUUUGCAAUCAUAGUGUCUUGCUCGGUCCUGUGGAAUAUCUCUCUUGACCGGCGCGAGCCAGAUAUUCCAGGACCUGAGCCUGAGGAAAUGCCUCCACUUGUCCACCUUCCUCCUGGCCUCCACGACGCUGUCGUAGGAAGGCUCAGGAGAGAGCAGAUAAUUGAGGAUCACUUUAAUCGUUAAGGCAUGUCUGUGUAUGUAUAUACAUAUAGAAGGUAAUUUUUGUCUCACCUGCGUAGCACAGCGGGACUAAAAGCGCUGCUUUUCUGACAACGGCGGCGUCAACAAUGAAAUCUUAACCGAGGUUAAUUUUUGGUAAUGUCAUAACUAUGAAAGUUUUUGGAUGUAGUUCAUGAAACAGACAUGAGAGGAAUCAAAGAUCACUUAUUGUUAUGCACAAGUCUUAGGUCAUAUGAUCAAGGUAAAAAAAAGGUCAUUUUGGGUCAAUGAUCAUGUUUUCUUUUGUGAGUAUAUUUAAUAGUUUUCUAAGUCAUCACUGCUGCUAUAUUGAUUCGCGUAAUGCAGGCGAGACUGCCAGAGGCGUUCGACUUAUCAUGGGAAGGGCAGUGAAUUUGAUCCGAACGAAAAUGUUUGAAAUCUGAAACUUAACUAUCCUGAAUUCUAUAGUGCAAAUUUCAGGCUUUUUCCUUAUUAAAUAUUGCUUAAUUUGGUACAUUAAAACACUCCCACAUUUGUGCAAAUUCUUUUUUUUUUUUUUGUCAUCAGAAUUAACACAAAGAAAAUAUCACAGACAUGCCUUACAUUAAAGUAAAGUAGCCACUCGGGACUAUCUGCUCUGCCUCCAACCGUUCAUUCAGUAGCUGCAGAGGAUAUUUGGAAAUCAUGAAGCUGCCAAGGUACUUGUUAUUUUUCCAGCAAGCAAGGUUUUCAUGCAGCUACAUUUACAUCUGAAUUACAUUCCGAAAGUUUGGGCCUUUGUUUGAGGGGGGAGGGUGCCUCCAUCAUGAAAAGUUAUUACCAGAAGCAUUAAUAUAUUUAAAAGGUUAUAUGCCCAUCCCCUUUUCCUUGAUAACUAAUAAUCUAUGUUUAUGGGUGAGAAAUUUAACUGCUUGGAUUACAGAAUAUCAGGAUGCAAGCAGGGAAAAGAAUACACAAGGGCUACGGAUGAAUAUGCCCCUUAAUUAACUGCAAAAAAAGCACUGUUAAACUAAACAAGAAAAGCCCCCGAAAAAUAUCAUAGGGUCCAUUGUUAACUGUACAUGUAAUACAAAAGUUAACAUUCUGGCUUGUCCCCAAAGUAGCCCUGCAAAAAUAUUGAU